UGCUUCUGGAGUCGCGGAGCCGCGCGUCAGUGCUCCAGCGGACGCGAUCGCGGCGCGUGCAUUUAACUCGGUUUCGUUUUCGAUUUGUCACUCGACGACGGUUCCGAUUCGUGUGUCGUGACGACGGAGCGCCGUGCUGCGAGAGAAGAAGCGACCCGUGUCGUGUGUGCGACGAGAUAUCGUGCGUGUCGAUCGAGAGUGCCAUUGAGCAGUGCAGUGCGCGUGUGAGUGAGAGAGAGAGAGAGAGAAAGAGGAAGAAGAGUAAAAUCGCGGGUUCUCGCGCUGUGUGAGAGCGGCGGCCGUACCGUUUGCGGAAAGAGAGACGAGAUCGCGACGCAUCGCGAGAGUUGCCCCGUGACAUUCCGCGCGUUCUCGACAUUCCACGCGAGCGUCCCAGUGCGUGUCUCGCGGAGUGAAGGAGACGCCGUCGCCGCUUCGAUUUCGGCAACGUUCACGCGGUGAGCUCUCCGACGCGUACGCAACGUUGCGCGCCCUCCCUCCCCCCCUGUCUCUCUCGUAACGGGAUCCGAGGAGGGAAGAAGGCAAAACGAAAGUAUCGACGGAUCGACAGCGCGAUUUCCCUGCCGGGCGAAACCGUGACUUGCACUCGUGACUCUCGUCAAUUAGUGUUGUUUAUCGCUCCGAAGGAGAAUAACGUCGAAUUCGUGGAAUCGCCGCGUGUGACGUACGCGCCAUUCACGGCUAACUUCAUACGUACGCGUACGCGUACACGCCCGCCGCCACGCCAGUAAAUUCACGCCAGCGAUUACACGCGAAUGGGAGUGACGUGGCAGCGCGUGCCGCAGCCCCGGUUAUCUCUAGUGUUUUCGCCCGAGUUAUUUUUCUAACUGACCGCCACGCUGAUUCCUCCGCUCGGAGUGUGUCUGUCGGUCCAGCCUGUUCUCGUUCACUGGCCGGUGUGCGUCGAUACAGUGUACCUCGUCGAUCGUCGAUAAUCGUCAAUUACCGCUGUUGUUAUCGCGGCGCUCGGCCGGACACGUCCGAGGCACGAUCGGACGAUAAUCGUCGCGCUCCAGUUUCGACGUCGAGGCGACGCGAAACCGCCACCGUUAACAACAUCGCCCGCGGCGUGCCGACACUCGACUUUCGCCGGCUUGCCGCCGCAUGCAACAGCCCCGCGUGACCUUUUGAGACGCGAUCCACGUUUGGCCGGAGUAACGCGAUCGCGCUAUUUCGGAGCGGUCGUCCACCGUCGAUCCACGUCGAUCCACGUGCCGCUGCAACGGCGAUCGAGGCCUCGAGUCCGCACGCGAAACCCCCGGGGACUCGUCGUGCGCCGUCGUCGCGUGCCGUCGUCGCGAAAGUGGCAAGACGGAAGGAAAUAAGAGCUGACGAGCAUCGCUUGCGAUAACACCUCGUGACCGUGCGUGAAGCAGUGAGCGAACACGCGCGGGAAACGGCAGCGGCGGAUCAUCGACCUUGUCUCCUUAACGCGAGGAUUAGCGCGUACUCGGUAACCGCUGGCCGCUUCGUCGAACCCGGGACGGGGAUUAUCGUUUACGAGACUUCACGCAAAUUCCGAUCGAGCUCUUUGCCUCGAGUGAGAUACCCGAACGUCUUCUACCGAAUCUUCUACUGCCCAUCGUUCUGUGAUAAAACCUGUGAUAUUACGAGAUUCCGCCCGGGAUUGACGAGAGGACCUAGUUCUUCAUCUUCGGAAAUCGUUGCUGAUAUUCUAAUCGGCUUAAAAAAAUUUCGUCGGAUUAGUCGUUUCCAAGAAACAAUCUGAAAGCGCCUAACAAUUGCCUACGGACUUGGAACAAAAAUCGCGUACUUAUUCACCGCCGUGCUCGAAUUACGUUUAACAGGUGGUUCGCAACUCUGCCAAUACGAACGCAAUCCAGUCCGAGACUCCAGGCGGCUGGUCGAGCUGCAGCAAGUGUCUAGACGACAUGAGGCUCAUGCAAAGAUUAGCGAUCAGCGGACUGCUGUCCGUGAUCCUGAUCCUUCUCUUAACCGGCACAUUUAUAACCGGACGACGCGAUCUCGCGAGCGUCGUCGAUCGGGGCGUCGCGCCGGAAGAACGCAACGAACAGUUGAAUCCGGCCUGGGUGCAAGACAAUGUAGUUCCUGGGCAGGAUGAACCUGAAAUUGAGGAUAAAGAUAAAGAUCGACGUUUAGAUAUAAACACUUCGUUCAGACAUAAACUAUUCGAGCCUUCGGUGGUCGAAGCGCCAGCCGCGUCUGUUCCUGGCGUUUACGUUGUCAGAUCGCCUAAUCCACCUUUGGAUGAUAUAACCAAUCAGCGUCGUGAAAAAGUUAAAGAGAUGAUGAAGCAUGGUUGGGACAACUACGUGCGGUAUGCAUGGGGAAAAAACGAAUUAAGACCAAUUUCGAAGAGAGGUCACAGUGCCAGUAUAUUCGGGGCUUCAAAUAUGGGUGCGACUAUCGUCGAUGGACUAGACACUCUUUACAUCAUGGGUCUUCACGAUGAAUUUAAGCAAGGACGCGACUGGAUUGCUGAGAAUCUGGACUUCGAUAUCAACUCCGAAAUAUCGCUGUUUGAGACGAAUAUUCGUUUCAUGGGAAGUCUGCUUGCCUGUUACGCUCUCACGGGAGACGUGAUGUUCCGGGAUAAGGCGGCGCAGCUCGGUGAACGGAUGCUGCCUGCCUUCCAGACGGAAACCGGAAUUCCUCAUUCCCUCAUCAACCUUCAUACCGGGGCCAGCAAGAAUUACGGUUGGGCGAGCAGCGGCUGUAGUAUUUUAUCCGAAAUCGGGACGAUGCAUCUUGAGUUUACCUACUUGAGCGAUAUAACGAAUAAUCCUGUGUUCAAGAGCAAAGUUGAGAACGUAAGGAAAGUCCUGAAAAGUUUGGACAAACCAAAGGGCCUUUAUCCAAAUUAUAUCCACCCGAGAACAGGAAAGUGGGGUCAACAUCAUAUGUCGCUCGGUGGGCUCGGCGACAGUUUCUAUGAGUACCUACUGAAAGCUUGGAUCCAGUCGGGCAAGGAGGACGUCGAGGCACGUGAAAUGUACGACGACGCAAUAGCCGCCAUAACCGAGCACAUGAUCAAGACAUCCCCUGGCAAACUUGUAUACGUGUCGGAUUUAAAAUAUGACAGGCUCGAGCACAAAAUGGGUCAUUUAGCUUGUUUCGCCGGCGGUAUGUUUGCUCUGGGGGCUAAAACUCUAGAAAACGAAUUGUCCGAAAAAUACAUGAACAUUGCCGCUGGUUUGACCAACACGUGUCACGAAUCCUAUGAUAGAAGCGCUACAAAACUCGGCCCUGAAGCUUUUCACUUUAUCGAAGGCAACGAAGCCAGGAGCUUAAAGAACGGGGAAAAAUAUUACAUUCUACGACCUGAGACAUUCGAAUCCUAUUUCAUAAUGUGGCGGUUAACAAAGGAUCCAAAAUAUCGCGAAUGGGGUUGGGAGGCAGUUCAAGCAUUGGAAAAACAUUGUCGGGUUCCCGGGGGAUUUACGGGACUUAACAAUGUUUACCUAGUCGACUCGGCGAAAGACGACGUCCAACAAAGUUACUUCUUUGCUGAGACAUUGAAGUAUCUGUAUUUGCUCUUCAGCGAUGACGAUCUCAUAAGUUUAGACGACUGGGUAUUCAACUCCGAGGCUCAUGUGCUUCCUAUCAAGGGCAGCCCUUUGUACCGCCCAGCUCCCUCUUUAUAAGCCAGACAAGUUCACAACAGAUCGAACGAUACUGACAAUUCUCGUUCGGCAGUGAUGAAACCGACAGACAUAAAUAUAUGUAUAAAAUGACGAUACACAGUGGAUCAGAAUUAUAUAGUGGCAGAAGACUGAAGAAAUUCACCUCGAAUUAACAAAGCGUUUUUCUCGCCAGUUAUUUCAUAAUAUUAUUUCCAUAUAAUAUUAUAUCGAUUGAGAAAAAAAUUUAUAUUGCGACGAUACAAAAAUGCAAUUGCGUUUUUUUUUCUUCUAUUUUUAUUCAUUAUUUUAAAAGCGUUAAACCUUAUGAUACUAAAGUUGUUAUUUGUACAAACGUCGUUACGCGGUCUAUUCCGAUUUUGACCCAUUGUGUAACACGAUAAAGUCGCGAAUUAGUAAAGAAGAUGAAUUAGUCUGCCCUUCGAACGCGUUUAGAGCGAUACAUUUUAAAUUAAAAUAAUUAUUUUAGGUAAAAACGAAAGAGAGAAAAAGUGUGAGAGAAAGAUAAAACGCGAAGCGAAUGAGAGUAAAAAAAAAAAGCAGAAUGAAAAUGUUAACGAAUGUUAUUUAAGUCACACGUUUGUAAAUAGCAAAAAUAAAAAAAAGUGAGAAUGAGAAAACGAGUGAGAGAACUGUGAAAAUAGGAAAAUAUGUUGCGAGAAUAUGAAUGCUUUGCCCAUUUCCUUUCCCAGCCGCAACACAAAGUGAUCUACAUUUACACUUAAAUGUAUAUUCAUAACGUUAACAUUUUUAACAUUCUUUAAAGAUUACGGCAAGGUAAUCGAUGAUUCAGUCGCGUUUCUUUUUUUUCGCCAAUAAUUACUCUGAAGAAAUUCUGCCAGAAACGCGCGAAGAAGCGUCAUUGAGACUGGAAAAUUUAUUAAAUUAUAUAUUAGAAGAAAAACAUUCAUUAAAUUAAUAAAUUGAAUUGCUGAUAAUGUUUUUUUAUGUACUGUGUCGCGAGUGUCUCUGUCAACAUUUUACACACGUUCAAUUCUAAUGAGAAUGUGAAUUACUUUCAUAUAGCCGAAUGAGGAUAAGUUUUACGUCGACACCAAACAUCGAUAUAAACUUGUUUUUUAAAACUCCGAAAAUGCAACUGUCAUUCAAUCAAAAAAAAAAAAAAUAGAAAGAAAAAAAUAAAGAGAAAAAUAGCGAUAAAUCGUCGAACCACCGUUUAAAAAAAAAACAUGUAACAUUUUAUAACACUAACAUUUAAUGCGCGUCUCUUUCCCUGUUUUUUAUCGAUGUCUCUCUCAAAAAAAAAGAUUUUGACCAUCCAACAAUUUUUCUAUCCUCCAGUCCAAUCUGUCCCAACCUCCAGAAUUUUUUAACAAAGGAAAAGAGGAAAAGUACACAAACCAAACUGUCAGUCUCACGAUUGCGGUGCGAGCAUGCGUGCUUUUUGUAUGGCGAACUAAUCGAAAUAGAAUGAAAUGAAGAAGACAUUCAGAGAGAGUGCAGACCGAAUGUACGAAUGCGGUCGCGCGUUCGCAACAACGGCGAUCAUCAUUGCAAGUCAGUCGAAUAUCGUAGUUGUAAAGCAAUUAAUUAGUGGGCGAUUAACUAGCAAAGUCUAUAAUGAGAGGUAGAGACGUGUAUAUAAAGAUUACAAGAAAGUCAUAUUCUAUGUGAGGAGUGCGAGAUAUAGAAUGGGAUUGUAGAAGAAACACCAUAUAAUUGUAUAAUAGCGCUUAUACCGAAUGUAAGAAUUGAUUCGUCCAAAUUGAAUUCUGCAAUAUCCAGCGACAAACAAUUAGAGAAGCAUCAUAUAUCUCUCGAAGACACACAUUUUCAGUGUUCAGGGUGGGACUUACAACUGCAAGUCUUUUCAGUAAUCAUUUUCUAUCGCAAAGAGACUCUGAUUUUUUACGGGUCCAUCUCGUGAAUGAGCUUUUGUAAAACACUCUUCUCCAGUAAAUUUGACCCUUGCGGUCUCUCUUAUUGGAUUUCCGAACAAUCAAUUAGCAUCGCAUUCGUCGAUGAUAAGAACGGCCGGAAAGUUACUUAAUGUAUACAUAGUGCAGAGUGUUGUCGCGCUACAUUUUCGGUAAGAUGAGGUUUCAAAGGCGAGACUUCGAAACAUCAUCUUCAAGCGCGAAAUAGAAAAUACACACACAUACACACACGCGCGUGCGCGCGUACGCGAUAGACACACACACAUACAAUAAACAAAUAGGAAGAUUUACAUUAUGGAAUAUACAAGCACGCGUACAAACGUGUGUGAGUAAACAUUUACUCUUACGUGUCCGAAUGAAGCAAAACGAUUAGCUGCGCGAUUAUAUAUUCAAUUUUAAAGCGUAACAAUUAAUUUUAAUUAUAUGGUCAUUUUUGUUUUAUGUCACUGUCAAACCUUCAAGAGGUUUUAAUUUCUGUUAGAUGUCAAUACGAUUUUGACAAGCGUCUAUAUUAAAAGAAUCAAAAAAAGAGUUACACCAAAUUGGUCAAUAUUAAUCGUUGAUGAUUAAUCUUUAAACACAAAACCUUUUCAAUGUUUAAACCUUUAAACAUUGGAAAUUUUCCUGAAAUUUUGAUCGCUUGCUGUGUGAAGACGUAAAAAAAGUUUGAGCUAAAUGGGAAAAAAGUUUAAGAUCUCCCCUAUCGAUUGUUAUAGUUGACCAACUUCAUUGCUCAACUAGAAUAAAAUGGCACAGAAGUAAAGUUUUUUUCUGGAGGAUCUCACAGAUCCCAUGUGUUUAAGUGUUAAGCCUUUAUUUUCCAAUUAUAUCAUAUAACUAAGAAUAUGUGAUCCAAAAAGAGAUAAAAUUUGAAAUUAAAUAACAUUACAUUUAAAAUAAUAUCUUUGUACAUUCUGUGCGUGAACUAUUGUCUUCUGCAUAUUAAUAAUCAUAAAUAAAUUAUUACGAUUAAUUAACAAUUUGUGUAACUCGCUCGAGAUGAUUCAUAAAACUAUGUUUAAUAUCUCAUCCGAGAAGAUAGAGAGAAUUUAAUUUGUAACACUUGAUUUAUUUAAUAUUAGAUAAUUGUUUGUUGUUAAUAAUUAGAAUUAUAUUUGUUCUAUUAUAAUAUUAUAAAUUAUCAAAAUUAGCCAGAUUUUAUGGUGAACUUUUAUAAUAUCGACAAUUACUUGUGAUAAAGUAUACCAUGAAUGUUUAUGGCGAUAGUGACUAUCAUCUCAAUACGCGUUUCAAUACUCCGCAAUUCUUAAAAUUCACCAUGAAAUCUCGUAAAGAAUUCUACACAAUUCUUAUAAAUUUUGGUUUCUGAUAAAAUUGGUUGAAACUGUAGUAUGUUACAGUUUUUGACUCACUGAUCCAAAAUUUCCAUGGGCACAAAGUUUGAAAAAGACUAUUUCUUUUGCUACAAUCGUUUAAAAUGUUGUAUUUUAUCAAUAUUUUAGUAAGCUUCCAAAUUAAUUUUUUGAAAAAAAAAACAUGAGAUUUCUGAUUAUAAUAUGCCAUUUACUUAACUAUGAGAAUUUAUUUAUAUAUUUAGAACAUUUUGUGUAUAUUCAGAUAUCACACAAGAUUUAAAAGAUUUACAAAAUAUUUAUACUAAUUAUUUGAAUAUUUUAUGAAUAGUUACCAAAAUAGUUCAUAAAUAUUUUUGUGAUCUUAGAUUGAACAGAUCAUAAAGAUUUAUCAUAAAAAAUAUCACAUACACACACACACACACACACACACACGCGCGCGCCUGCGCAUACACAUACGUAGAGUAAUCUGCUUGUAAAUAUGAUUUUAUGUGUAUAUGUGUUUUGUAUGAAAGAAUAAGUAGGUGUAUGAAUGAAAAUAAAUGCGUGUUAUAUUUUAUCCCAAUAUUUUUAAACACAUAACUCGGGAAAAAAUAUUUUACAUGUAAUUAUAUAUAAAAUAUGUAUAAUUAUACAUAUUUUAAUAUAUAUGGACAUAUUUGACAUAUAAUUAUGUAUAACAAAUUUUUCCUUGAGAAUUUAAGAGCUAUAUAUUUAUUCAUUCUCCAUACACACAUUGUCACAAACACACACUUAAGUAAACACAAAUACACAAACAUUCGUACAUGUAUAAGUAAAUUGCAUAUUAUUAUCUAAAAUUUCAUUAUUUAUUACAAAAAACUGAUUUAGAAUACCACUACAAUAAUAAUAACAUACAAUAUUUUAAACGGCAGUAGCAAAAACUAAUUAUUUUCAAAUUUUGUGUCUAUGGAAACUUUUGAGAUCAAUGAGUCGAGAAAAGCUAUAAUAUACUACAAUUUUAUUCAAUUGCAUCAAGGGCCAAAAUCUAUAAAAAUCCACAAAAAUUGUGCAGGGUCCUUUCCAAUCUCUACAUUGACACACACGAAUACAACCCUAGUAAGCCCUAAGUGGUGUGUAUGUAAAAAUAGUGAUAACGACGAGAAUAACGGCGAGAAUGGCAGUGUCCGGUGACGAUGAUAGUAAUAACGAUAGCCUAUACAUACAUUUGUGAAUAGAUAUUUAAUAAUUUAUUGUUAACUAGAGUAUUUUACUUGGAAUACUUCACUGAACGGGGUUCUGGGUACAAUAAUCUUUUCUUAUGGCAAUGAUGGCGCUUACAGUUUGUUUAUUUAAAUGAUAACGAGAAAAAGGGAAAGAGAACAAAAACUAAACCUUAGCUUUACUCGUCUGAUCUUUGUAUGAUGAGCGAGGAUUGCGCGCCACAAAAAAAAUAUAUAUAUUAAAAAAGAAAACAAAUAUGUCAUAUAAAAGGUUUUGUCAAAUGCAAACUAUACUUGUAAAUAUAAUAUACAAUUUAGUGAUAACGGGGUUUUACUUUUAACAGCUUUACGUAAUUAUUACUUUGUCAUGAUCAGUGAAAUAAAUAAAUAUUGAUAAUACGUUAUA